UUAAAGUACGGUUAUGUACACAGUCAUAUAAAAAUAUUUUCGUACUUAACAAUGAACAAGCAAUUACUUUAACUAAAUAGUACAACGUUCGUUAAAUUAGUUAUCUUACAUUUCAAUCUCAAAUACGAAAUAAAAUCUGUGACACUACAUACAUGUAACUGAUUCGGAUUUCGGGUAAUGGCUCGGAUAGUGUGGAUACUUUUUCUGUACACGAUUUUUCCUGGAGUUGUAGGUUUUUCGGGGUCGAAUGUAAAAGACGUCAUCACCAAGUUAUUUACUACAGACGGAUACAGCAAUAAGGUCCGGCCACUGCUGAGCCAGAGUCUUACACUCGUCAUUAACGUGGAAUUUUAUUUGAAUUCCGUCAUUGACUUUGAUGAGCAAGAUGAGGUUUUAACAACAUCCGGGUACUUGGCGCUCUCUUGGACCGAUGAGUAUCUUACAUGGACACCGUCUGAUUUUAACGGAACAACGGAAAUAUUUCUCCCGCAAGAUGAUAUAUGGAAACCGGAUGUCUCUCUGCGAAACACUUACAACAGUUUUAAGGGUUUGGGCUCCACUUAUCUCUACGUCAAAGUUCAACAUAAUGGCGAAGUAACAUGGAAGCCGUUCCAAAUUCUCAAAUCAACUUGUGCUGUUGAUAUCAAAUAUUUCCCAUUCGACAAACAGUUAUGUGAGAUCAAAUUCACUGCAUGGAGUUACACUCGUGAAGACAUCGAUUUGAAUGCUGGAGCAAACGGUGUUACACUGGAGGAUUAUUCGACGAAUGCCCAAUGGGAGUUAACUAAAACCAGCUACAAGGAGGUCAACGAUGAUUCUGAUGAAGCUGCCGUGAUCUUUGAAAUAGAACUUAAACGGAAAUCAAGUUUCUACGUCAUCAAUAUCAUUGCACCUGUCAUUUUGUUGUCUGUAUUAAACGUUUGUACUUUUCUACUUCCGGUAGCGUCUGGUGAAAAGGCCGGCUACUCUGUGACAGUUUUCCUGUCGCUGGCUGUAUUUCUUACUAUAAUUGCGUCUGAGCUUCCGAAGAACUCCGAUGUUGUCUCGUUUAUGUCCAUUUAUCUACUUUUAAUGAGUAUUUUGAGUACAUUAAUUGUAGCCUUGUCCCUUUUGCAGAUACGUAUGUCUGAGUGGUCAACAGAGCAAACACCUAUUAAUAGAUUCCUUGUGUUAUUUAUCAAAAUGUCACUGUUCUUUAGAUGUAAAUCUUGUUCAACAAAAAUUGGUCCACGUUCUAGCACUGUCAAAGUUGUAGAAAUAUACGAUGAUGACAAAAAAUCGCUUAAGUCU